AUGCGUCGAUCGCCCCAAAAUUGUUCGCACGGCUUACUCGUUGUCGCAGACUGCCUGGAUGGGAAGAAGCGCUACAAGUGUUUGCCUUACGAGAGUUCCGAGAUACAGUGCAUGGACGCUGCGUUUGCCACGUAUCCCGUGGGGUUCAGCUGUUUUACAAGUUGCGGUGAGCUAAAAUGCCCAUCGGACGACUUUAUGACGCCAUCUGUUUCGGAUGAUUUCAAGGUUGGUGCACAUCAUGGUAAAUGUGUAAUAGAGCUCAGCUUGCCGAUUCCAUCUGCGCCUGGUUGCCCCUGCUGCCGGCAUGACGCUGCUGAUGUGCAGCGCGAUGUGGUGACGAUAAGAGCUCCGUUUCCACAAAAAAGCAUCCAGCGUGCACCGUCAAAUUCGGAUACGUCGAGUGUGAUUGCUCAGCGUAAAAGCGGAUUUCCUUCCGUUGCGUAUACGAGGUGCUCGCGUCGUGUUUUAACGAAAAUGAACUUCGCCAUCUGCUUCUCCGCCUUCGUGGCGCUUUUUUCCACCUUAUUUGCCGCAGUCCCCGCCGCCAGUGCCGCUGCUGAGUUCAACAAAGCAUGUUUGAAAGAGUUUAUGGUGCUGAAGAACAACGACCGCUUCGUCGCCCGCCGCUACGGUACCUUCUCCCUGCCGGACGUGUUGCCGCGCAAGCAGGAGGCGGAGCCCGCCAGCGAGAGGCGCAUGACCUUCUCUGACAUCCAUGCGAUACGUCGUAUCGAGAAAGACAGGUUCACCGAACUCUAUGGCUUCGCAGAGUACCUGAUGUUCCUAGUUUAUUACCCUAACCUGUGCUUCGUUAUAGACAUUGAUGGUGAACUCGCAGCCUUUAUAAUUGGCAAAACCGAAAUAGAAGACGGAGUAACGUACGGUCAUGUCACAUCGCUGGUAGUUCGUCCGGCGUUCAGAAGGCAGAAGUUUGCGACGCGUUUGAUGCAAGAGUUUGAAAGGGUGUGUCGCGAGGAGCUAAACUGCGCGUUCAUAAACUUUUUUGUUAACCCGGAGAACGAGGGCGCGCUUUCGCUCUACAAUAAGUUGGGGUACCGCGUACACCGCAGGCUACCGAAGUACUACAACAGCGAGAACGACGCGUUUGAUAUGCGCAAGCCUAUCACUGUGGAAUCAUCCGAAAUUAAGCUUUCCGCAUUGCGCCGUUUGUUGCGCGAGCUGGACUACUACCGCGCCGAGUUGAACACGCUGCGCUCUGAGCUCGCCAAGACUGAGGAAAGCUCCGAGCAGAAGCGAUGGAACAUGUUGAUAUCCGAGAACGUUGCAGUUAUGCACGCUACGCGUGAUAAGAUGGCAGAGUAUUCUCGUGACCUGGCCGAGAUGGGUGUCGAAACACCCGCCGACGUGUUGGCAGCGAUCAACUCCGAUAUUUGA